UCUCCUGCUCUGCUCCGCCGCCGCCGCCACAACCCAGCUCUGGCCUAGAGUUGGUGGAAUUCACCAAGCCUCCAGACAACCGGCCCAGCGCGUGCGCGCGCUCGUGGUUGUCUUGGGAACCGGUUCUCCUGUGCAGUGGGAUCCCGGCCUGGGGCCAGCGGAAGGACUGCUGCUUGUCGGAGAACAUGCCUCGUGGACUGGGGGGCGGCGGCGGGGGCGGAGGCCGGAGAUCCGAGAGGCGGCGGUGUGUGAGCGACUGUCUGAAGAGACACCAGGACCAGGCCCUGAGCAGCCAUAUGUACCUGCUACGAGAGAUGGGCCCCACCGGCUUCCUGCUGAGCGAGAACGAGCCCGACGGCUGCAACUAUAGAGUUUUCCUUGGAGAUCCUCACACAUGUAACUGUUCCAUAUUUCUGAAAGGAAAUGACCUUUGUAAGCAUAUCUGUUGGAUAUUAUUGAAAAAAUUCAAGCUUCCAAGAAAUCAUGAGUAUGCUUUUCAGUUGGGUCUUGUGGAACGAGAAAUCAAUGAAUUGCUACGGGGAUUACAUCAAGUCCAGACUCCAGGGCCAACUAAGAGACCACAUGUUGAAAAAGAUGGACAUAUCAAACAGAAGGAAAUUUGUUCAGAUGAUGUCUGCUCCAUAUGUCAAGAAGAGCUACUAGAAAAAAAGCUACCAGUCACCUAUUGCAGGUAUGGUUGCGGUAAUAGUGUUCAUAUAAAAUGUAUGAAAAUAUGGGCUGAUCAUCAGGAUAAGUCAUCAAAAAACUCUGUUGUCAAGUGCCCUCUGUGCAGGGAAGAGUUUGCACCAUUAAAACUUAUUUUAGAUGAAUUCAGAAAUUCCAACAGACUUGUGACAGCAGCAGAGAAAGAAAGACUUGACAAACACCUUGGAAUUCCAUGUAACAAUUGCAGACAGUUUCCAAUUGAGGGAACAUGUUAUAAGUGCACUGAAUGUACUGAAUAUCACCUAUGCCACGAAUGUUUUGUUAGUUGUUAUCAUCCUCCACAUAUUUUUACCUUUCGACAGAAGAGAAAUCAAAGGUGGAAAUCACUAGAAAAAAAUUCAGGAUUAUGUCCUUCAGAGAGAGUCAUAAAAAAUAUAGAACUUACAAAUCAGACUGAAGAAGAGAUGACACACCUUGAAAAAAGUAUCAUUUGCACACCAAAGCAUGUAGUAACAUCGCUUCCUCUCAUAUUAAUUACAAAGAAAAGUAAGCUGCUUGCUCCAGGUAACCAGUGUCGACUUUGUUUGAAGGCAUUUUGUCUUGGUCAGCAUACAAGACUAUUAUCAUGUAAUCACAAGUUUCAUAGGAAGUGCAUUGACGAUUGGUUGCUAAACAUAUGUAAUUCAUGCCCUAUUGAUGGCCAAAUUGUCUAUAACCCUUUAAUUUGGAAAAAUCCACUGAUUAAUGGACCCAUACAAAAGCCAACACCACAUACAGCUGCCACUCAUCUGUCAAAGCAGGUGUAUCCAGAACUUUUCAUACCUGGUACUGGAUUGCUAUUUAAAGAAGGCAAAUUUGACCACUUACCUGAAAGAUCUAAAGAUAAUUUUGAAAGACUCAAUAAUCAUCAAGAUUCAACAGAUUUGAAUGAGAAUUUAACUGUAGAUAGUCUUCACCCUUUGCAAUCAAGUGAUUCAAAUUCAAGUCAAUUAAUCUUUGAUUAUAAAAUAAAUCACCAUUUCCCUAGCUAUCUUCAGGAUUCAUCCCUUAGUGCUGCAGGAAAAAUGUCAUCUCAAGUUUUUCUUCCAUCUAUUACCAAGACUGGAAUUUAUGCUAAACCUGGAAGCCCAUUUGUAAAUAGAAAGUUAUAUCACCCUGAACAAAAGCCAAAGAGGAACAGAGAGUCUCAGUGCAUGGAUGAUCUUACACUGAAGAAGAUUCUUGCCACUAAAAUAAGAAUUGACAAUGAAAGUUCAGAUGUUACAUUUCCAGGGGUUUUUCAUCAUAUGGCAAACUGGGGUGCAACUAAUUCUAGCUCAUCCAGAAGGGUGAAUAAUAUUGUGGGGAAAAUCCGACGAAACCAUGGUCUCCUGUCAAGAAGGCCUAUAUCGAAUACUUUAAAUACCGAAGCUCAAGAGUUGGCUUUAAUAAUGGAAGGAGUUCCUCUUUGCAAAAGUUAAUAUUAAGUAUUUUCUAGGAUUAAAAUAUAUUUGCAAAAAAAUAGCACAUUUUUGCUGACUAUAAGUACUAUUCUUGGUCUUGAGAUACAUAUAUGUGUGUAUGUAUAUAUGUAUGCAUAUAGACAUAUAUAGAUAUGAUUCCUUUAUGUAAUAUACAUAUCUAGUUAUCUGUGAAUAGCAUAUCAUACAGGUUAUUCUACCAAAGAAUAUUUAAACAAGCUAGUCCCUAAUAACAACAAAAAUUUUGAUAUUCUGAUGAGAAAAAAUUAAGAAAAGUUAUUUUAGGUCCUAAUAAAGUAUGAAUGAUUACUACAGCUUAUGAUCAUUUCAGUAAUUACAUGGGUUGUUUUUAUUUAAAUAAAAGAAUAAGCUUUCUUGGAAUGAGUUCUUUCAGAUAUGCAAGUAAUUUUUCCUGGAAAUGUAAUUUGUUGUUUGCAUCUUUAAUAAUAAUGAGUACAGAAAAAAAUAUAUAUAGCCUACAAGGAAAUUGGG